CGGCCCCACUGAUCCCGUCCCGGGACGCCAGCCCGGACCGCCAGCCCUGCAUGGAGCCGCGGGAGUCCUGGGCGGCCUUGGCGGCUGGUGGACUUGCUGGUGUGUGUGUUGACUUGAUCCUUUUUCCCCUGGAUACUGUAAAAACAAGACUUCAGAGUCCUCAAGGAUUUAGGAAAGCUGGUGGUUUUCGUGGCAUCUAUGCUGGUGUUCCUUCUACUGCAAUAGGAUCCUUUCCAAAUGCUGCUGCUUUUUUUAUCACCUAUGAGAAUGUGAAAUCUGUGCUGCCCCAUGGAUCUUCAUCUUACUUGUCCCCUGCAACACACAUGGUGGCUGCCUCCCUUGGGGAAGUGGUUGCCUGUCUCAUACGGGUCCCAUCCGAGGUUGUCAAGCAGAGGGCCCAGGUUUCUCCUUCCUCCAGCACCCUCCGGAUUCUCUCCCACACCUUGUACCACGAGGGUAUUCAAGGACUUUAUCGGGGUUAUAAAAGCACAGUACUAAGAGAGAUUCCUUUCUCUCUGGUACAGUUUCCCCUCUGGGAGUCCUUAAAGGAUCUCUGGUCAUGGAAGCAGGGUCACGUGGUGGAUUCUUGGCAGUCAGCAGUCUGUGGAGCUUUUGCAGGUGGAUUUGCAGCUGCAGUCACCACACCGCUCGAUGUAGCAAAGACAAGAAUUAUGUUGGCAAAGGCUGGUUCCAGCAAUGCCAGUGGGAAUGUUCUGGCUGCCCUUGGUGACAUCUGGAGGACACAAGGCCUGUCAGGCUUGUUUGCAGGUGUAGUCCCACGGAUGGCAGCCAUCAGCCUGGGAGGCUUCAUCUUCCUAGGGACAUAUGAGAAGACUCGGCAGCUGCUGCUCUGAGCCAGCCUGGCCACUCCUGCCGAGGCAGAAGAGGAGGAGUAGGGCUGGGAGCAGAGCCUUCCUCCUGCACCCAUCACAGCAGCUGUCCCGCGGGCUGAGAGCCACUCUCCCUGCUAGAGAAAAGUAAAUCCUCCAAUAAUCCAGUUUCCCAAACAUGAAAUUUUCCUGCAUGGAAAGUGGGUGAGGUCAUUGUGAAGAGUUGUGCCAAAAAAGUAAUGUUUGGGGGGUAAACAGCUAAUUAUGGUGGCUGCGAAAGACAUUAUUAGAACUCCUGCAGGGGAAAGUGUUUUGGAAAGCUCUGGCUUGGGGGCUGAGUGGGGAGGCUGAAAUAAAGCAAGUUUUCAUUAUUCAGUGGCACCUGCCUUGUAACAGGGGAGGGGAAGGGGCUGAUAGAGUUACAGCCCGCUGCCCUCCAACAGCACCAAAAGGAUUCCAGCUUGGGAGAGCUCUCUGUAAAAGACAAUAAUCCAUUUGUUUCUGAUUCGAGCUGUAUUUGUGGAAGUUUAUAUUCCUGUUUAUACCUACAGGUGCUCAGCAAGCAUUCCUGUGUGGGAGCCAGUGCAGCUUUAUUAAUCACACUCAUAUUUCUCCAGUAAAAGCACAGGCUUGUAUUAUUUUACAGCUGUGCUUGUGCAAAGACAUGGAGCUCUGCCUUGUUUUGGUCUUCAUCCCUCAGCUGCAGAAGCAGCAGGAGGAGGGAAGUGCUGAAGCCUAGGAGGGCAAGGCUGGGAGGACAUCAGCUGAGGUA